UAAUUACUUUUAAUUAGCGAUUUCCUCAAAUAGAAACUAAUCAGUGGAGUUGUUAUUCUGUUAAAUAAUUAAAAUCUCCCCACCACCCAACCUCCCACUCCUUGUUUUCUUAUCAUUCGUGUUUCUUGUUAUUAUUUUUAUCUCGAGGCAGAAAAACAUGAAUAUCUGAUUGAUUCUAUUUCUUUCAUCGAUUAUUGCUAAUUAUUCAUCUUCCAUAUUUCAAUCAGUUGAUUGUCUUUUCCAUUUUCAUCUUUAAUUUAAAGUUUCUCCUUCAAUAAAAGUGAUUAAAAUUCAUGAGGUGAAUCCAAUUAUCUAGUUAAUUGACUUUAAUUGUGUGAAUUAUUGGUUAAAGGUGAAUAAGUGAUAAAGAGACAAACCCUAAGACUAAUUGUUGGAUAAAAGAAAAGAAAAGAAAAAUCAAUGAAUCAACAAUUAAGGAACACGUUCCAUCAUCAAGAAGAUCAAUUUUUGCUUCUCAUAUUUGAACCUUUUUCUUCCUGAAUCCUUAUUGCCAACAAUUUAAUAAUCAUAAAAACGAGUUUCAUUCAAUGAUUAACAAUUGAUCCGUUAUGUGUAUUGGAGGCUAAUUGGUUAAACUUGAUAAAUAAUCGGGUUUAAGUUCCUAGGUUAAUGUUAAAUGUUGAUAACUAAAAGUUAACCAACAAGAUGAUUUUAAAUGAAACCAGGGAUGUGAUGAUGAUGAAAAGGACUUCAAGCCCAAAGGCAUCGGUUUCAUCCUCAUCCUCAUCUUCAUCAUCUCCAUUCUCAUGCUCUCUAUCAUCCUCAGUCUCUUCCCCAUCUUCAUCUCCCUCAUCAAGAUCAUCAAUUGAUAAACAUGAGACUAGAUCAGAUAGUUGUUUAGUUCAAUUGGUUAAACCAUCAAAUCAACUAAAUAAGAUAGAACAAUUUUCCCGGAAAUUAUAUGAGUUUGAUUCAAAGUUAAACGGCUUCAAGCCGAGGAGUGGUCAGUUUCAUUUAACUAAUUCAACAACAACAACAACAACAACAACUUCAACCCGUUUCACAACAACAUCAAGAUCAACAACCGGUCUCAGUUUGAUUCGGUCAUCGUUACCAAAUUAUAUCUCACAUUUAACUGACCCUGAGCUUGAAACACAUCAUGAAAUAGACUCCGGCAACAGGAAUAAAAGUUACUAUUGUGAAAAGAAUGAUAAAAAUUAUCAAGAUAAUAACAGUAAUAAAACCGAUGAUUCAGAUUAUUGGAGAAAGCGUUUGAAAAAUCAACAGGAUGGAAAACACUGCGAAGGAUCAACACCAGUGAUCAAUAAGCCUUCAUUGACACUCAGUUCGAUUUCAAGACGAACAUUACCUCGAACUUUCAAUUCUUCGUCAUCUUUAUCAUCUUCUUCUUCAUUAUCAUCACGGUCAUCAACAUCAACAUCAAAAUCUCUCCAAUCAUCACCGAUUGACAGUAAUCUUGGUUCAUCGGACUUUAAUUGUUUAUCAUAUUCAUCUCCAUCAUCUCCAUCAUCCUCACCAUCAGUAAUAUCUGCAUCUUCUGGAUUCGUGAGCUCACCAACAUCACCAAGAAUCAUGAAAUCUUCAAGUCAUUUAGUUUCUUCAAGAUUUAAAAGUGAAACUAAUAACAGUACUAAUCAGGAUUCCAAUGGCUCAUCUUUAGUUUCUCAAGAUUGUGUAGAUUAUGUUUCGACUCCCCAAGAACCACCACGUCCUCGGAUUACUCGUUUUACGAAAUCAAAUCGAUCAUCAAAGGAAAUCAAUCACAUUUCAAAUGGUUCAUCUUCCAAUACAAUCAAACCAACAAGAUCUUAUUCACGUUUAAAUAGUUUACCUUGUAAUCAGUAUAAAAGUGAUUAUGAUAAUAGUGAUGGUCAACAAUCAAAACAAACUUGUCGCAAUUAUCUAAGAGCUUUAUCAAUACCUAGUGGAUUAAAUGGCGAUUCUUUAAAUUGUUCUAAUCGGUCUAAUUCAACAUCAGAUUCACGUGAAUCUCUAGAAACCAGUAAUUGCAAUCAACGAAUUGUUGGUAGUCUUCUCAAUUCGCCUAAAUGGUCAAUGAUAAAGGAAAAGUUUGAAAAAUGUGAUGGUCAAGAUGAGAAUAAAGAGAAACCUGAAAUUGUGACUUACUCUUCUCCUCAACUUCGACGUAAAACUUAUCCAACCUCCUCUUCCAGUUUAACACCUUCAUUGUCAUUGAGCAAUUUAACUCUAUUAACGUGUAAUCAUUUCAACAGAGUUCGUGCAACAUCAUUAACACCAAAAAUCUCAACAAUGGUCAAUAAAAAGUGUUCAUUACAAUCAGAUAAUCCUAAUCGGUGCUCAUCCACUUCAUUAAACUCAUCAAAUUCAUCGUCUUCUACUCUAACUGAUAAACAUGUUAAAUGUAAUCGCUUCUCAUCAUCUGGUCGAUUAACAUUAACAGAAGCAACUUCACAUUCAUCAUCAUCAUCAUUGUCUCCAUAUUCAUCACCAUCGUCACCCUCCUACUCUCUUGAUAACCAUGGUAAUUAUCCGAUGGAAAAGAAAUGUAAUUCUGGUAAGAUCAAUAUGGAACAAGGGUCUAGAAUGAAAAGUAAUUCUCGAAUCGCUCAAAUUGCUUCUAAAUUUGAUGCAAAUGUUAAUCAAAAUUCAUCGGCUGUCGAUUCUGUUAACUGUGGCCUAAUAGAUGAAGAGAAACCUUGGAAAAGUAAAAGUGACCUUCGUGAAUCCAAUAGGAUGAUCUCUACCUCAUCAUCAUCUACCUCAUCCAUUUCAUUGUUGACUGUGCAUAAAAACUCAUCUGACCAAUUGAAACAAUCAAAUGUCUCCACAAUUUCAAGAGCAACUAAUUACUUGGCAUCGUCUUCAAAUUCACUGUCCAGUUCAAUCAGCGGGAGGUCAGAAAAUGUUGAUGAGACUCACGAAGAGAAUGAAGAAAAAGUUGUAUCAGUUAAGGAAACAAUUCUGCGUCUUGAAUGUAUUAAAUCACCAAAAGGAGAUAAUAUUCACCAAUCAACAAGCAAAAUUAAUCGAUCAACGUCAGAUCAACAAUCAAGUAAACCAGUAAUUACCUCGAGAAGGAAAACUUUGCCUGGGGUAACAUUUUCCAACAAUGAAACAAAUACGAUUAAUUUUACCGAUGAGAGAACACAAAUUAACGAUGAUAAUUGUACUCAUCAUUGUACACCAGUUAAUUGUUCAACCAAAGAAUCAGGUAAAUCUGUUAAAGCUCCUUUACCAGCACCGAGAAACAUUUCAAAUAAUCAAAAGAAUUCAAAUUCGGUUAAAUUAUCAUCAUCAACUUUUCUUUCAUCAUCAAUUUCACAUCAGCAAUUACCAAAAGACUCUCGAUUAUCAUCAUCAUCAUCGUCAACAUCAUCUUCAACCUUCACUCAAUCUCUUCUCGCUGAAGAUAUCAAAAAGACGCCAAGUUUUCUGUGGAGCAAUAAUCCUAAUCCUAAUCCGAAUCAUUAUAAUAAUCGUCUAAGAGGAACCAGUUGUUCACUUUCGUCUUCCCUCACCAAUGUGAAAGAAUCAAGUAAGAAACAAGAAGUUUCAUCUCGCCAGUUUAACCAGAGUGUAAACAACAUCAACUUGAGUGGAAACAACAACAACAACAUAGAGGAACCAAUUUAUGAGCCUGUUAGCUAUUCGCCGACACCAACAAUAAGCAGCAGUAAUUUUGGUGUUUCUCUUGGCAAAAACAGUCAAUCGACCAAUACAAUUUCGUCUUAUCGUGAUACCCGAUCUGUUUUCCAUGAUUAUGAUGACAGUAUUUCGGUGAACAGUGAAAACUCAUCUCUCUCUUAUAGUGACUCUGGUUCUUAUUCAUCUGGUGUUCAUGAACCAUCAACACUUUCAUCAUCAUCAUCAUCAAACCGAUCAAACAGAACCACUCCCGGCUUUUCAUCCAUUUUACCACCUCCUUUACCACCUCGUUGGACAGAAGCCAAUAAGCAAGGAAAUUGUGUAAAUACCUUGACCACAACAUUGACCUCAACUUCCAAUAGUCACCUGAUCAAUCCAACAUCAUCUAUUGGUAUUAAUCUUAAUGGUUUAGAAACCUACAUUUCUAACCAGUGGAACAAUAAAGACGAUUGUUACGGUGCAGAUCAUAUUUACGAUAGUAUUCACUACACGAAUUUCUCUGAUGAAGUGACCUUGGAUAAGAGUGAGAUGUUGAGUAAAUUAUUGAAAGAGUUGGAAGACAUGUCACCAACUCGAGAUCUCAAGGUGAAAGACAACAACAGCUCAAACAGUUAUGAUGUUUGUAUCUCAAGGACACCAUCGACUUUGAGCUGUUCCUCCAUUUCUCGAAAUGGGUCAAAUGCUUCUGACAAUCGGGAUAAAAGUUCAGAAGAUUUUUCCAUCGGAGGUGUUACACCUAAAAGUAGUGAGAGUAAUUCACCUUCAGGAACCAUGGGAAAUUCAAGUUGCUCAUCUCAAACUCCUCCAAAAAUCACCCCAAGAACCACAAUAAAAUCAUCUAAAAAAUUUGACUCCGAUUCAUUUGGUGGUUAUGCCAAUUUCCCCUCAAUCUUGGAGGAUAAAGUGCUCUCUUCAGGCUCUUUAAUGGAUUCUAUUCUUGAGUCAUCAUCACCUUCUUUACGAGAAACAAUUCAAAGGGAAAUGAAACGCUCAGAGUAUCUUUCCCAGAGCCAUCAUUCUGAAACAUUGAAAAACUCAAGUUUCCUUCAUUCCAAUAGGCUUUCUAUUGUUAGCAAAAAGUCAGCCGAUUAUGUCGAAGCCAUUGAUCCAAGCGAGCAAAAAAAACCGAAUAUCAAUGAUCUUUACCGAGAGGGUCUCAUCCAUCCAGAGUCUCGUUACGAGACUCAUGAAUUUGAAGGAUACAUGGAAUUCAAAGAGACUCGAGGCUUUUUCUCUUCAACAGCUGAACAACCUUUGUAUCAAUUGUACGAUGAACAAGUUAAACACAAUCGAAUCCUUUGGGCUAGCGGAUUAACUGAUGAUUCUCAGGAUGAUAUUGAUCCGUUGGAUUCAAUUUAUGCUGAAUUGGAUGGAGCCUCUAAUUGUGAAUGCAACUCUUGUGAAUCAGGAAUCGAUGAAGCCAACACACCAACAACUUCACUGACAUCUUCAAUUGCGUCAACGACAAGAACAACACCUCACAUAUCGGCCAUUGAUUUAGUUGGUAAGAAUGGUAAUCGUCAACUUUGGUGCGAAGUGCCACAAGUUAAAGAAGCUGGUGUAGCAUCUAAACUGUCACCAAAAGAGAGGAAACACCAAGAAGCGAUGUUUGAAGUGAUAACAUCAGAAGCCUCGUAUCUCAAGAGUUUAGACAUUCUAGUCAAUCAUUUCAUGAAAAGUGAAGAAUUUGCAAAUCCAGAAAUUCUCAAUCCCCAUGAUAGAAGUGGCCUUUUUUCUAAUAUUGAAUCCGUCUUUGAAAUAACUCGACGCUUGAUGAAAGAUUUAGAUGAUCGUUGGCAAACCAAUGUUGUCAUUUCUGAUGUUUGUGAUAUUUUACUGAGAUUUACAACAUCCGAAUUCGAUGAGUACAUAAAAUAUCUGCGUUUCUGUAAGAAACAAGAGAAAACCCUGAAAAUUUUACAAAAACAACCAAAAUUUGCUCUCGCCUUGAAACAAUUGGAAACAAAUCCAAAGUGCCAUGGACUCGCAUUGACUUCCUUCCUGUUGUUACCCAUGCAACGGAUAACCCGAUAUCCUCUUCUAGUUGAAGCCAUACUUAACCAUCGACCUCCAACGGAAACAGAUAAAUAUGAGAUAUGUCAAAAAACUUUGGCUGCUCUUUACAAGGUUGUCAACGAUUGCAACGAAGAGGCCAAAAAAACAGAGCGACUUCAAGAGCUCAUUGAUUUGGACAGCAUUUUAAACUUUGAUAAAGUUAAAUACUUCCCACUGAUAAGUGAAUCAAGACAUUUAAUGAAAAAAGAUGAAGUUGUCAGAUGGAAACAAACAUCAAGUUCAAUCAUUCCCGCUCGCGGUCGGAACCCGUUGUGGAAAAAGUCACCUCUCCAUCUUUACCUAUUUAACGACCUUUUGCUUAUCGCCUCAAAGAAAAGUGAAAUUUGCUAUUCAGUGAAUGACUAUUGUGAGAGAAACUGUUUGACCGUCCGAUCCAUUGAUGUUCCCGGCGAAGAGGGAACACCUCCAAUUGGAAUGAAAUCAAGCCUAGAAAAUUUGGUUCAAUUGACUUUCCUCAAGAAUCAUGCAAGACGAACUUGUGAAUAUUUCAUUGCUUUUCCAACUGAAACGGAUAAGAUCAGAUUCAUAGAAGCAAUCGAACCACCCAAAUCAGAUAAACCGAAUGAAAAGAUUUACGAAGAAUGGGAUUGUCCUCAAGUGAUUUGUGAAAGGCAAUACAACGCACAACAACCCGAUGAAUUGAGUUUGGAAAAAUCUGAUGUGGUCAAUGUUUUCCGUAAAACGAAUGAUUGGUACGAAGGUGAAAGAAUCAGAGACGGAGCUCGUGGUUGGUUCCCCGCUUCGUGUACCCAGGAGAUCGUUAAUAAACACGUUCGUUCGCGUAAUCUAAAACUCCGUCAUAGAUUAAUGACAUUAACGGAACAACACAUUUUGGAAAUGCAAAAGAAUCAAUAAUCAAUAAUUAUCAAUCAUUCGAUUGUUAAUUGAUUCUCAUAAUAGUUUCAACGUCAUUAUCCCCAAAGAAAUCAUCUUUUCCUCUUUAAAUUUAUCUCUCGUGCUCAAAUAUCUUCAUCAAUUUUAUCAAAUAUUUGAUUUCAUAUUUUAAUCACUUUGUACAUUCAUUACACAUAAAGUACUUUAUCGUAA